ACGAUGACACCUCCAAACGUUGCUUUGCAUGUCCUAUGUCUGCUCUUGGCAAAUGUUGCUUAUACAACAACUUGGAAAUCAUCAUCACAUUAUCAUUCAUAUGUUGGGGAAAGUGUGACUUUGCCUUGUGCCUUCGAUGACUUUAAUGCUAAUACAGUGAUGUUUUACUGGUAUAGGCAAACUCUUGGACAGAAACCAGAGCUGGUGUCUACAUUCUAUCGGCAUAAUGAUAAAAAAGGAAGCUCUAAUGAUGGAUUAAACAAACCUUCACGUUUCUCACUGGAUCCAAAAGAAGGUACAAACAACUUGAAGAUAACACAUCUGCAAAUAUCAGACUCGGCUACAUACUUCUGUGUGGGGAGCGAUUUAUAUAGCUUUAAAUUCGUUGAUGGAAUUACUGUCGAUGUAAAAGAAUCUGGUUUGAACAUACUAGUUUCGGUCCAUCAGUCAGCAUCUGAGAUCAUCCAGCCAGGAGACUCUGUGACUCUGAACUGUACAGUACACACUGGCAGCUGUGAUGGAGAACAUAGUGUUUACUGGUUCAAAAACUCUGAGGACUCUCCAGGACUCCUUUACACCCGUGGAGGCAGUCAGUGUGAGAGGAAACCCAACACACAAACACACACCUGUGUGUACAACCUGCCAAUGGAGAACCUGCAUAUUUCUCAUGCUGGGACCUACUACUGUGCUGUUGCCUUAUGUGGACACAUACUGUUUGGAAAUGGGACCAAGCUGGACUUUGAGGCUGAAGUUCUCUCUCUUGCCUUGGUGUAUUUCUUGACCGGAGCUUUGGCUGCCACCAUCAUCCUGAUAGUUUUACUGGCUAUCUCAGUGUACAAGAUGAACCAAAGAAACUGCCAACAUUCAGAGUGCAAUGCCACAUUUUCAACAUCUUCUACUCUCCAUACAGAACAGUUCGGUCAAGACGCAGAGAACCUUCAUUAUGCUGCUUUAAGGCAACACAACGGCAACAGAUCAAGAAGAGAGGGGGAAAACACCCAGUCCGAAUGUGUGUACUCCAGUUACGUAAAUAUAGAGUGCCCAUGCAGUGAUACGGUCAUACGCACAAUGGAAAGCUUCACCUUAAUAGCAGCUGUGCUUCUUUGCAGCCUCAGCUGGAUCUCUGCCUCGUCUAAUCGGACUGUCCAGCCCGGUGAAGAAGUCACUCUGCUCUGCCCCAACAUCUACGGGGCUGGUGGCGAAGCUUCAUACUGUGAUGGAUAUCAACAUGAAACAUUUGAAAUGAGUUCCAACUUGACCACUGUCUUUCUUAAAAUCAAGCAAGUGGAUAUAUCUGACUCUGGACUGUACUUCUGUGGAUUUUACAAAGGCGCAGGUACAGUCAUUUCCAGUGCAAUCCAGCUAAAUGUUGAAGGUAACGGUGAAUCUGAUUAUAAUGAACAUGAUUUCGAGACCAAAAAGGAGCCUGAUGAAAUGACAUACCUGAUGAGCUUAAUUCUGGGAUGCUUGGCUUUUUUGCUCACUAUAGUCAUCAUUGUUCUGGCUGUUAAAAUAAGGAAGCUUCAGAGAGAUGCAAACGAAGAAUCUCAGACCAAAAGACCCCAGAAUAUGUGCUCGGAUGAACUGAACUACGUGGCUCUGAGUUUCCAGGCGAAGCCAAAAAGGAGCCGCAGGCCUGCUUCUGAGCGAGAGCUUGAGCCAAAUGUAGUGUAUGCUGCCACCAGAUAGAAGAAGGAAACGGUCGGAAAUGCAGCUCAGAGUGGAAAAAAUGCUUUGUCAUGAUAAACUUCUCAUGUAGCCUCAUGUGUGGGAGAAU